AGCUUCUUCUUCCCCCGAGGAAGGCGUCGUUGUCGUUUCAGACGAAAUCAAAGACUCGAUUCUCAAUUUCCUCGACGAAGAAGCUUUCUCGAUGAAAUCACAUUCUUCCUUAUCGUCGUCCUCUUCUUCUUCUCCACCACCGUCCUCGUCGUCGUCGUCGUCGAAGAGCUGCUGUGUAAAAGUGGCGGUUAACGUUCGUCCUUUGAUCGGAGACGAGAUAACUCAAGGUUGUAGGGAAUGUGUCUCCGUUACUCCGUUAACGCCUCAGGUGCAAAUGGGAACACAUUCUUUCACUUUUGAUCAUGUAUAUGGAAGUAGUAAUGGUUCUCCAUCUUCCUUGAUGUUUGAAGAAUGUGUUGCUCCUCUUGUUGAUGGUUUGUUUCAUGGAUAUAAUGCUACUGUGCUGGCUUAUGGUCAGACAGGAUCUGGAAAAACUUACACUAUGGGGACUGCUUUUAGAAAUGGUACAAGCAACGGGUUGGUUCCUCAAGUUAUGAGUGCUUUGUUCAACAAAAUUGAUUUAUUGAAGGACCAAAUGGGGUUCCAGUUACAUGUCUCUUUCAUCGAGAUUUUAAAAGAAGAAGUUCUGGAUUUGCUGGAUAGUGUGCCGUUUAACAGACUAGCCAAUGGAACCCCAGGAAAGGUUGUUCUUAGUAAGUCACCUGUGCAGAUUCGGGAAUCACCAAAUGGGGUCAUAACACUAUCCGGUGCAACUGAAGUUCCCAUAGCUACUAAAGAAGAAAUGGCUUCAUGUCUAGAGCAAGGAUCUCUAACCAGGGCUACUGGGAGCACCAAUAUGAAUAAUGAAUCGAGUCGGUCACAUGCCAUCUUCACAAUCACCUUAGAACAGAUGCGCAAAAUCCCUUCGAUCUCCGUGGUUAAAGACACCGUAGAUGAAGAUAUGGGUGAGGAAUAUUGUUGUGCUAAGCUUCACCUGGUCGAUCUUGCUGGGUCUGAAAGAGCUAAACGAACAGGUUCAGGCGGUGUUCGGUUAAAGGAAGGAAUUCACAUCAAUAAGGGGCUUCUUGCACUUGGUAAUGUUAUCAGUGCCCUUGGGGAUGAGAAAAAACGUAAAGAAGGUUCUCAUGUUCCCUACCGUGAUAGUAAACUUACUCGGUUAUUGCAGGAUUCUCUUGGUGGAAACAGUAAAACAGUCAUGAUAGCUUGCAUUAGUCCUGCUGACAUCAAUGCUGAGGAAACUCUUAACACACUCAAAUAUGCAAAUCGUGCUCGGAAUAUCCAGAACAAACCUGUUGCGAAUAAAGACUUAAUAUGUACUGAGAUGCAAAAGAUGCGUCAACAGCUACAACAUCUACAAGCUGCAGUUUGUGCUCGUGGGGCAAUCUCAUCAGAGGAAGGGCAGGUUAUGCGAGAGAAAAUCAUGAAGCUAGAGUCUGCCAAUGAAGAGCUUUCUCGAGAACUUCACAUCUAUUGCAGCAAGAGAGCUACUCUUUAUUGCAAUCUUGACGCACAGGAAGAUGGUGGCCUUAAAAGGGGUUUCGAAAGCAUGGAUUCAGAUUAUGAAAUGAGUGAAGCAACAUCAGGUGGAAUUUCUGAAGAUAUUGGUGCUGCAGAAGAGUGGGAACAUACACUUAGGCAGAAUAGCAUGGGAAAGGAAUUAAAUGAACUAAGUAAACGUCUGGAAGAGAAAGAGUCUGAGAUGAUAAAAUGUGGGGUUGGAACUGAAACUAUCAGACAACACUUUGAGAAGAAAAUGAUGGAACUUGAGAAAGAGAAAAAAACUGUACAGGUUGAGAGAGAUCUAUUGUUGGCUGAAGUUGAGGAACUCGCCGCUAGAUCCGAUAGACAAGCACAAGUUGCAACAGAUAACCAUGCACAAAAACUAAAAGCACUUGAGACACAGAUUUCAAAUCUUAAGAAGAAAGAAGAAAAUCAAGUUGAGGUCUUAAAACAAAAGCAAAAAAGUGAAGAUGCGGCAAAGCGUUUGAGAGCUGAAAUACAAUGCAUUAAGGCUCAGAAGGUCCAACUACAACAGAAGAUGAAACAAGAAGCUGAACAAUUCCGGCAAUGGAAAGCUUCUCAAGAGAAGGAGUUGUUGCAGCUUAAGAAAGAAGGAAGAAAAACUGAGCAUGAAAGACUCAAACUUGAAGCUCUCAAUCGACGUCAGAAAAUGGUUCUUCAGAGAAAAACAGAGGAAGCAGCAAUGGCUACCAAAAGACUUAAGGAGCUACUAGAAGCCCGAAAGUCUUCACCACGUGAUAUAUCAGGUAACUUAUGCCGAAAUACACCUCGUUUUGUUCUUGUUUCGGUCAUGAUCUUUUUGUUUUUUUUUCCAGUGACUCCCAACGGUCAACCACCAACAAGACAGAUGAACGAAAAAACUCUUCGGAAAUGGCUUGAUAACGAACUAGAUGUUGUGGCAAAAGUACAUCAAGUUCGUUUUCAAUAUGAAAAGCAAAUGCAAGUACGAGCUUCAUUGGCUGAAGAGUUAACCUCGUUGAAAAAAGAGAUGGAGCUUCCUUCGAGUCCCCAUCAAGAAAAAAAUGGACAGUUUAGAUGUUUAUCACCAAACACAAGGGUGGAGAGAAUAGCUUCUCUUGAGAGCAUGUUGGAUAUUUCCUCAAAUGCUCUCACAGCCAUGGCCUCUCAGCUCUCAGAAGCAGAGGAAAGAGAGCAUAGCCUACAUGCUAAGACUCGGUGGAACCACAUUCGGUCCAUGACUGAUGCCAAGUAUUUGCUUCAAUAUGUGUUUGAUUCUGCUUCCGAAGCAAGGUGCAAAAUCUGGGAGAAAGACAGAGACAUCAAAGAGAAGAAGGAAGAACUCAAUGACCUCCUCUGCUUAUUACAACUAACCGAAGUCCAGAACCGAGAAAUCAUUAAAGAGAAAAAGACAAGGGAGCAAACAGUGUCCAUUGCACUGGCUUCAUCAUCAUCAUCAUACUCGGGAAGUUCAAGAAACUCAUCAAAGCACUAUGGAAACAAUAACGCUAGUGACCUAUCAUCUCCAUCUUCUUGUCAUCGAGCAACAAAGCAUCUCAAAUACGCUGGGCCAGUCUCGGUGAGAGAAUCAGAAGCUUUAUUAGAAGAGACGAGGAAGAUGAAAGCAAAGAAGAAAAUGGGACAGAGUGGGAAGCUAUGGAAGUGGAAGAGAAGUCACCAUCAAUGGCUGCUUCAGUUUAAAUGGAAAUGGCAGAAACCAUGGAAACUCUCUGAGUGGAUAAAGCAUAACGAUGAGACCUCUAUGCUCUUCAUGUCAAAGCCUCACGAUGAGGAUGAUGAUCAUUCUUGGAACCGACACUCAAUGUUUCAAGGUGCUUAAUGCUGUUUAAUGCUGUAUAUACAGAAGCCUAUUUUUUAUUUUAUUUUUGUCUGUCAACAGAUUUAGAGUUGGUCCAUUCGGUUGUGUCAUAGGCUAUGACUCAUAGAAGAGUCUAAGAACAUUGUUAUACCUCUAAUACAAAAAUCCGUUGACUUGCA